GGGUCUCUUGGGCUUUCCCGUGGGGGUGGCCGCGAGUGUGUCAGGUGUAGGGGGGGUGACCGGUGUCGCAACUCAGAGGCCCACGGGGCGCCAAACGUGGUAGCGGGACCAGUGGCGUGAGCCGCAUCUCCAGACGCGGACGUUAGAGGGGAGUCACAUCCGGCAGGAGUGGGCGGGCCUCGCGGUCCCCGGAAGUGUGAGCGUGGGCUGUGGUUUAACCCGCGGCGGCUGUGUCAGCGGCAGCGGCGGCGGCCCCGGCAGGCAAAGAUGGAGACGCUGAAAGACAAGACCCUGGAAGAGCUGGAGGAGAUGCAGAAUGACCCGGAGGCCAUUGACCGGCUGGCCCAGGAGUCCCCUGAGGUCCAGGACCUGCAGCUGGAACGGGAGAUGGCACUGGCCACCAACCGGAGCCUGGCUGAGCGGAACCUGGAGUUCCAAGGUCCCCUGGAGAUCAGCCGCUCAAACCUCUCGGACAAAUACCAGGAGCUCCGGAAGCUGGUGGAACGAUGCCAGGAGCAGAAGGCAAAGCUGGAGAAAUUUUCUUCAGCUCUGCAGCCAGGGACCCUGUUAGACCUUCUGCAAAUUGAAGGCAUGAAGAUUGAAGAAGAGUCUGAGACCAUGGCUGAGAAGUUCCUGGAGGGUGAGGUGCCCUUGGAAACAUUUCUGGAGAACUUUUCUACCAUGAGGAUGCUGUCCCACCUGCGCCGGGUUCGUGUGGAGAAGCUGCAGGAGGUGGUGAGGAAGCCCAGAGCUUCCCAGGAGCCCGCUGGUGACGCCGCCGCGCCUCCCUGCCCCGUUCUCCCGCCACGCCCGCUCCCCCAGGCCACGCCCCCUGCGGCUGAAGCGCAGCCGCCCCCACCGCUGCAGCCCUCAGGAGUGCCCCCCUACCCCUUGCCCUACAGCCCGUCUCCCGGCAUGCCUUUGGGCCCCACCGCCCAAGGGGAGCUCCAGCCGGCCCCCUUCCCGGUGGUGUCCCAGCCCUCCUUUCCCUACAGUGGGCCUGUGGGCUCCCCGUACCCGUCAGCCCAGCCAGGACCCAGGGCUGCUGCGGGCUACUCCUGGUCCCCACAGAGGAGCACGCCACCCCGGCCUGGCUACCCCGUGGCCCCCACUGGUACCCCUGGUCCCGGGUACCCCUUGGCGGGGGGCCGGACGCCCAGUCCUGGUUAUCCUCAACAGUCCCCCUACCUCUCCACAGGAAGAAAACCUCCCUACCCAACGCAGCCCCAACUCCCGAGCUUCCCAGGCCCCCCUCAGCCUCCCUACCCCACUGGGCCUGCCCCUCCCUAUGGGUUCCCACCGCCUCAGGGCCCCCCCUGGCCUAGGUAUUAGACACUCCUGGCCCUUGGCCCCUCCCUACUUCCGCCUGAACCACAGUCUUUGGCCCACCUACUGCUGAGAUUCGAGGUGAAAUUGGAAGUGGACUUGGGGGACCUAGCUGGGAGGCUGCAGGCCCCCCCGCAAGGCAUCGGGCAGUGUGACCGGCUUGGUGGCACCAGCACCGUGGGUCACAGCACUUCCCCUUUUGGGGAGGGGAUGCCUCCUUUCAGUGACUGGCUUUCGCCUGCCUGGUGCUACCAGGCUGGAGGUAAGCACCUCUCCGUAGGUGUCUGUCGGGGAGCCAUGCAUUAGUGAACAGCUGUGCCUGCACCCGGACUCCUGAACCCAGUGCACUGACCUCCGUGACGGGCGGGCUGGCCUCCGGCCCCUGCUCGCCCCCCUCCCCUGGGGUUUGACAUAUUUGACAUGGUGCCCACGCCAAGGGAUACAGCUCUUUGUGUCUUUGGCCCGUUCAGGGAUGGCCUGCCCCACGCGCCAUGGCUAGGGUCGGAUCAGAGGGAGAGAAGAGUUAGGAAAAACACUCCAUGAUUUUUCAGUCCCAUAAAGCCAUAACUGAACUCUGAUGUGCUGAUGUCAGAUAAGCUUGACCUAUGUGCUGGUUUGAAUGACAGCCGCAGGGCCAGCGCAGAGAAGACGGGAUUGUGAAGGUGGACCCCAGACCUUGCUUGCACUGGUUGGAAAAUCCAGGGGGCUGCCUUGGACUCUCUGACUGGAUGAGAGGGAGCAGCUCUGGCCUAGGGGAUGGUGGUCACAUUGGGGCUCAUUUAGGAGUGGAGGGCCAGGCCACCUCCCCAGCCGCCCCCUCUUCUCUGGCCCCUCACUUCCGGUUGACUUUUCCCAGGCCCACCUCUUCCGUCCACUCCUUUAGUGCCUUGAAUCUCAUUUGCAGCAGCCCCCUCCCUUCACCCCCUUCCUCUGGCUCCCUUGAUGUAACUCUCCCCCAGCCCCAAUAUUUCUCCUAAGGCAGACAUCAGAAGAUGCCCUAACAGUAACCUCCCAAAGGGUGCUUUCUAAAACACCAUCACUACAUUGGAGUCCGUUUCUUUGCAUCUCUCUUGUCUUCAGAAUGUAAAGGGCAAGGAUUGUGACUCCGUGCCACGUGCAGCCCUCAGCACAUUGGGGGUUUUAAGCAUAUUCAGUCAUAAAAAUGACAGUAGACCAAAGGGGGUGUGAUGAGCACAGCAUUAACUUGGUUGUCCCAGAUGUGAACCAGGUCUCAAGGGCAGACCCUGGAGCUGCUAUGGGUUAGGAAGUCAUAUGUGCCUUGAAACGUCCACUACAUUAGUACCCAGCGUCUGGGAUGCUGGGGGCCUGGGAUGCUGGGGGCCAAUGAGGAAACGACCUCCUGGUGCCUGCCCCCGCCCGCCUGCGUGCCAUCAGUGGGCGCGCAGACGAGAUGCUCCAUUAGCACGGUCGGUUCCUUGCCAAUUGUGCUUGCUUCUCAUAAGUUAUUUAUAAAGAGAGAUCACUAAUGGACUCUACUGGUUUGUGUGCUUCGGAACUGGAUGAACGACCGCCUGUAUGUUGUAUAAAUAAUUGCCAUAAUAAACGUCCAGGAGUUCCAUGCA